AUGGUUUCCGGAUUCCGCCGCUCCCUGUCACUGCCGGGCUCGAACCCGAGCGACAGACCCGCCCGCCGACGCUGCGACAAGCCCCAGCACUUGCGCUCCAUCAGCCUCCCCUGCCGAUCCCACCCAACCCUAUCCCACCUCCUCGAUCAGAUCCGCUCCUGCCCGGAGUCCGGCCCUCGAUCCCCCGCCUCGGGGCUCGACCGGAUCGACCGCCUCCUCUCCGCCCUCGAUGACCUCCUCCGCCUCCCGCAGACCCAGGACGCUCUCCGCCGCCGCCCCGCCUGGGCCGAUCGCGUUCUCGAUGGCUUCCUCCGCCUCGCCGACGCCCACGGCUCCUUCCGCUCCGCUGUCGUCGCCGUAGAGCAGCACCACGCGGAGUCCCGCGCGGCGAUCCGGCGGCGCGACCCCGUGCGGUUAGACUCCGCCGCUCGAUCCCAUCGUCGGGCGGAGAAGGAGCUCAUACGGCUCGCCACGGCCAUCAAGGAUCUCGCCAGAUCUCCUCCUCUCAUCUGCUCGGACGCGGCCGAGGCCGAGGUCGCCGGGAUCGUCGCGGAGGCGAUGGCGGCAACUGCGGCCACGUCGACGGCGGUUUUCUUGGGGAUCGCGGCAGCCUCGUCGUCGGUGGCCGGCUCAUGCUCCAAAAGCUCAUGGACGGCAUGGCCGUCGAGGAGGCCAUCGAAGAAGGGAAGCGAGGAAGCGGAAAUGGCAGCGAUGGAGGCGUUGGAGGAGCGCAUGGAGGGAUUGGAGGAAGGAAGCGGGAGGGUGUUCAGGAGUUUGGUGAACAUUAGAGUCUCGCUUCUCAACAUACUCACUCCCUCGCUAUAG